AUGGCAGUGAGAGAGGCAGGAAACAGACCGGACACAGACACAUCAGCUGGCAGAAGAGAUGACAUCUCACUGCAAGAUAUGACAACUAUCACUGCAGCUGCAAGAGAAGCAGAAGAAGGUGUGACAAUAAAAGCAGUGCUCUCACAGCUCAUUAACACUGCUGUCUUCAAUCUGGCUUUCUUAACAGUCAUGAAGAUCACAGCCGCAUCAUGA